AGUUAAAUGCUGGAUCUAUAUUCCAGCGACCAUUUUCGGCUGUAAAAAUGCUGAGCGGCGUCAUCUUGCUGAGCGUCCUCACGGUCACCAGCCUGUCACCGUCCGAAACGGAGAGCCGCAAAACUUCAGCCUCCAAAGAGAUCUGCAAGAGCCGCUGCACCUGCGACGAGCGGGAGAACAUCCUGAACAUCAACUGUGAGAGUAAAGGAUUUACCACCGUCAGUCAAUUCCAGGCGCCCCCAAAUAAAAUCUCCCAGUUUUUUCUAAACGGAAACUUCCUGUCACGGCUCAGUGCCAAUGAGUUUGUCAAUUAUGGCAAUGUCACCUCACUGCAUCUGGGGAAUAACGGCUUGCAGGAGAUCCGAACCGGCGCAUUUAACGGGCUGCGCUUCCUGAAGCGGCUCCACUUGAACAACAACAACCUGGAAGUGAUUAAAGAGGACACAUUUGCGGGACUGGAGAGUUUGGAGUAUUUACAGGCGGACUAUAAUUACAUCAGCGCCAUAGAGCUGGGCGCUUUCAGUAAGCUGAACAAGCUCAAAGUGUUGAUCCUGAACGACAACCUGCUGUUGUCUUUGCCUCCCAACAUUUUCCGCUUUGUGCUCCUCACCCAUUUGGAUUUACGCGGUAACCGGCUCAAGAUGCUGCCGUUCUCCGGGGUUUUAGAGCACAUAGGCGGCAUCAUGGAGAUCCAGCUGGAGGAGAACCCGUGGAACUGCACCUGUGAUCUGAUUCCCCUCAAAUCCUGGCUCGACACCAUUUCCGUCUUUGUGGGGGACAUAGUGUGCGAGACGCCAUUCAGGCUGCACGGUAAAGACAUCACUCAGCUCAUAAAGCAGGAUCUGUGCCCGCGCAAGAAUGCUGGCGAGCGCGCUCACCCCCCCUCUGACUCUCACUUUCAAGGGGCCCUGCCCCCGACCUACCACCCCGGCGUGAUCACCCCCAGCCGUCCUCCGAAAGCUUCCCGCCCGCCCAAAAUGCGCUACAGGCCCACCCCUCGCAUCACAAAGGACAAACAUGUCUUUGGGCCUAUAAUGGUUUACCAGACACGCUCCCCUGUGCCCAUGUUAUGUCCCAGUGUGUGCGUGUGCACGUCACAGAACCCUGACAGCGGACUGAACAUCAACUGCCAAGAGCGGAAGUUGCAUAACAUCAGUGAGCUGAACCCCAAGCCCUCAUACCCAAAGAAACUCCACCUGACCGGUAACUACUUACAAGUGAUUUACAGAACGGAUCUGACCGAGUACAGCUCACUGGAGCUGCUUCAUUUAGGAAACAACAGGAUAGCUGUGAUUCAGGAAGCUGCAUUUGAGAAUCUAACAAACCUCCGACGGCUCUAUCUGAACGGGAAUUACAUCGAAUCCCUUUCUCAAUCCCUCUUCGCUGGCCUGCAGUCGCUCCAGUAUCUGUAUUUGGAAUACAACAUUAUCAAAGACAUUUUACCACAUACUUUUAACUCUUUGCAUAACCUUCAGCUGCUUUUCCUGAACAACAACCUGUUAAGAUCGCUCCCUGACAAUGUUUUCGGCGGCACCAUGCUUACACGGCUCAACCUGAGGAAUAACCAUUUCUCCUACCUCGCGGUUCGAGGGGUUCUAGACCAGCUUUCGGCGUUCAUCCAGAUCGACCUACAGGAGAACCCCUGGGACUGCACGUGUGACAUUGUGGCGCUCAAAAACUGGAUGGAGCUGUCCAGUACCAGCGUCGUGGUUAACGAAAUCACUUGCGAUUCGCCGUCCAAACACGCAGGUCGCCUGCUGCGCUCGCUUCGCAACGAAGCCAUCUGCCCCGAGCCCAGCGAGGCACCCCCGCCACAACAUGCACCCCCUACGAAAGCCCCCACGUUAAUAAGCCCUGGCACCGAGGCCACCACCCCUUCCUCCUCUUCUUCUUUUAGCUCAGUCAGCCCCACCGAAUCCCGAAUCCACACUCCUGAGUUACACCCCGAGGUCCCGCUCUCAGUCCUGAUUCUCGGGCUUCUUGUUGUUUUCAUCCUUUCAGUCUGCUUCGGCGCAGGCCUCUUUGUUUUUGUCCUGAAGCGGCGCAAAGGAGUGGAGCAUGUCCCCACGGGCGCCAACAACUUGGACCUCAACUCUUUCCAAGUGCAGUAUGGCUCCUACACUCCUGAACCCACCCAGGACAAAAUCUCUGAGAGCCACGUUUAUAACUACAUCCCCCCACCUGUUGGCUCCAUGUGCCAAAACCCGAUUUACAUGCAGAAGGAUGGCGAACAGGUGGCGUAUUACCGCAACCUGAAGGAGCUCAGCUUCGGGCCCUUUGACGCAAAGAAGGACGUCCUCAGCCGCAGCCCAGGGGCCUACACAAUCAGCACAAUGGAUUUUAUGGAUAAAUCUCCAACAUCAUGUGGUUUGGCCAGCCCGGAUCCUCCCGAGAUGUUGUAUCAAAACUUAGGGGAGAGGCCCCACAAGGAGCUUCCCACAGCUGCAGGCGCCCCUCCUUUCCAUUACAACUUUUGCACUUUACCUAAGAGACCUUGCAUCGUGCCCCCCUACGAGGCUGCGACAGCCCGGCGGCAUAUCACCAACCAGGACAGGUUGAACAAAACCGUCCUGUACGGGACCCCCAGGAAAUACUACGGGGCUGAACACCUUUCCAAAAACAAUGAGCACCCGCUUCUUCUCCCUGGGAAGCUAAAAACAGAACCAGACUACUUGGAGGUUCUGGAGAAACAGACUGCGAUGAGCCAACUGUAA